CUUUCAGACAUUUAUGUACGUAACAUUGCUUAAUGAUGAACGUCUAUCUGUUAUUGAGUGCGCUGUUGUGUGGCGUGUAUUUCGAGCUGGUCACGGGAACUAACGCGCCCGAGCCAACGCCAUCGCCAUCAACAACACCUUUCUGGUGGUAUUGCAGAUUCCCUGACGCAACUAAACCUUUCGAGCACUGUCCCAGCGGAAGAUGUUCUGGAUCAGGACUAAGGUGUGUCAGCAUAUAUUCAGUUGUAACCCGUCUUCCGAUAGAGACGAAUACGCCGACUGGACCGACAAGAACGCCACCGACAAGAACACUAUCGACAAGGUCGACCACGCCAUGGACGACUAAACUUUAUGGUUAUACGUCGACGCCAUUGCCUCUAUGUCGUGCUAGGAGGUGCACGUCCUUUCCGUCGUGGUAUCAGUGUGUCCCCGUUGAGUACAUCAUAGGAUAGACAUCCAGGGACUUGAGACAGAUACGAUCCUCUGGGGAAUUCAUAUUUGAAUGAAGAGCUGAUUUGUUUAAUAUUACGGCAAUAAAGAUAAUAUGUACACUUGCUAAUUGAACAAUUAGACUUUGACGGGAAAAAAUCACUUUCUUUCAACGAUUUGGGUGAAAGGGGUAUAGAAUUACAGUCACAAAAUGGUACGAAUGAAUACUACUGCUUUUCAGCACUGUACUACUACUCGUGUGCUCAUGUACAUUUCACAUUAAAACAGUGUGCAAGUAUUUCCAGUGCUGAAAGAAAUCUUGUAAAUAGGCAAAUGAAAAAAACAUCAAUACUGUUUCAUAUAAAUAAUGAGGAUGAUAAGCAAUUAAGAAUGAAUAAAUGAAUAAGUAAGUGAAAUGAAUAAGUAAGA